ACAGAAUAACUUUAAUAGCGCUUUGUACUUCAUAAAAAAACGGCAAAUGCGCAUUUACUGCAUAAUGCAGAACAAUAUUUUAUUUGUACAGCAGCGUCAUUUUGGCAAAGAGAAAUUCAGAAAAAGAAAAAAAGAAACUGUGGUGGAAGUGGACGAAACAAAAAGAUAAACAAAGUGAAUGAGGGGUGAGAGAGAGCAAUAGGAUGAAAGCACGAAGCCAAUGGGAGAAACUGGAGGGAAAGCGUCUCAAAAAGAGCGAGAAGGGGGGGAAAAGAGAGAAAGCGGAGAGGAGAGGAGAAGCAUAGCAGCCGGGGGGCGCGCAGGACGUGUCGACGUUUCGGAUAUUUGGGAGAUGACCCCCCGACGCAAAAAUGACGUUACGGAAACCCGGUAGGCCGGACUCCGUUUGAAAAAUCCCGACACCCGCCCGCCCGCCGGAGGAGCGAGAAACUCAGCCGCCGCUUCUGGGACGUGUUUGUCCUUUCACGCGCGUUGUUGGAGUAAGUAGAGAAGAGACGCCGCAUCUCUGUCCGACGACGUUACGCUUCUUCUCUGGAGCUGAUCACCAGGGUUGGGUCCGGCUCCGUCUUCGUUAUUCCUGUAGCUCGCACACAUUUUUUUUAUUGUUCACCUGCGAGUGCCUGCUGUUGUCCGAUCGCCUCAACUUGCACCGCCGUCCUACGCCUCAGGCCAGGAUGACGAUUGAAGCAGAGGGAGCAGUAAAUCCAGAGUCGGCCGCCGAGUCUCCGGCUGAGGCCGCUGUCACGAGCCAGAAGGGCAAAAGCCUGGAUGAGCUCGUAGUUGGGCUCAGCUCGAACGACGAACUCAAGCCCAUCGAUGGCGUUCCCAUCAUCGAGACAAAGGCUGCCGAUGCCGUCUCUGCUCCACAGAAAGAGCAGCCACAGGAAGAACUCGAAGCCGUAGAAGAGGAGGGUGUGGUGAAAGUCGAGUCUCUGCCAGAACUACCAAAAUCGCCUACAACUCGCUUCUGGGCUAGGUGGUUCAAGAAAGGCAGCUUCACACCCAACUUUGGCAAGCAGCGCACAGAGGAAACGGAAAUGAGUGAGAAAGAGACCCAGGAUGAAAAUCGGGGCAAGAAGAACGAAAACCAUGCAGGUGAUGAGAAUCACAAGGACAGCAAGGAGUCCCCGCCGAAUGGUGAUAGCACCGGCGAGCUAGGCAAGAGCGAUGGUGAUGGCCAAAACGUGAAAUCGUCCUCCAGUUCCACAGAUGUCACCAUCCCCAUUGGCGAUGCUGAAACGGGUGCCAAACCGGAUGAGAAACAGGCCGACGAGAGUGUGCCUGAAAAACUGCCGCUACGCGAACGUUUCGCCCUGUAUCGACGUAAGCGCUACCUCCUUGUCGGGGCAGCCAUUGGCCUCUUGUUCUUCGUCACUGUAAUCCUGGUGGGGACGGCCCUCUCUGGCGGAGGCUUCGGCUACGACGACGACGACUGGAACAUUCCCGUAGCUGCCACAGACUGCGGUCUAGUUGAAGGCCACAUAGAAGAGAGUGCGUUCGUCUUCCGAGGAAUUCCCUAUGCUCUUCCACCUGUUGGCGAGCACCGCUGGAAACCUCCAAGAGCCUUCCAGAGCAUCAGUGAGUGCUGGUCCGGAACAAAGCAGGUGCACAAGUUUGCGCCCCGGUGCCCCCAGAAGAAGGCGCCCGGAGUGCGUUUCAACACGAGUGAGGAUUGCCUCUACCUGAACGUCUACACGCCGUCCAUGUCCAAGCGAGGCCUCCGGCCUGUUCUCAUUGUGCUACCUGGUGCAUCAUUCAUGGGUAUGGGUGAAGAGGACGUCUUCCUGGAGCCGAGUCCGGGGCUUGCACGCACGCACGAUGCUGUGGUGGUAACGUUUGAAUACCGGCGCAGCGCAUUUGGCUUCUUGGCAUUGGACCUCCUCUCCAAGGGGGUGAGGCCGCCAACAUCUGGGAACUACGGUUUCCUGGACCAAGUGGCUGUGCUCAAGUGGGUGCAGCGCAACAUCCGUCAGUUCAAUGGAGAUCCCAACAGGGUGACCGUGUUUGGCCAUGGUGCGGGAGCCACGUCUGCCCUGCUCCUGGCAACGUCAGCGGAAACCAAGGGCCUCCUCAGCAGAGUCUGGGCCACAGGUGCAUCUGUGAAUUUUCCCAACCAGACCGUCGAGGAGGCUGCACGCAACAACCUUGAGUUUCUGGCGAAUAUCAACUGCACCAGCCUCUCCUGCCUUCACCAGAAGACAGCGGAUGAGGUGAUAGCAGCCGUGCCAGUGUCGUGGUACGACAGUGUGUCUGCGCAGCUACCACGCAAGAACGAAAUGAGAGCACCGAGCCUGGUUGUUGUUGAUGGUGUUUUCCUCAAGGAUUUUGUCUAUGACCUGUGGGCAGCUGAGAACUUCACCCGGGUGCCUGUUGUAAUAGGUUCCAACCUGCAGGAGUUCUCCUCCCGGCGGGGGCUCCCCCUGGCCGACCAAGUGGACAGUGUGGAGCUGAGCUCUUACGUCAGGGACCGGCUGGGGGCCAUUGACCCCAAGCUGGCCGAAAAGGUGCUGCAGAUGUACGUGCGCAACGACACGAUGCCAGCCGAGCAGCUGCACACAAUGAUCUCAGAUGUUCGUGUGACCUGCCCACUGGAGCUACUGACUGGCGACUUUAUCAAUGCUACCGAAGGGGUGAAAUCUGCGCACUUCUACAUUGUAGACUACUCGCCGAACGUGUCACUCUCUUUCUCCACAAAUGCCGAGCCGACCAGGCUCGCGCAGCAUGGGCUGGACGUGGCAGCCAUCUUUGGCAAGAUGUCAGCUGCUGCGGGCUCGUCGGAGAUGCACCGCAACGACCUGCAGUUUGAGCACAAUCUGCAGAAGCUCUUCCACAGCUUUGUGCAUGCAGGCACACCCUCCCUUGGCUCGCAGCCCCUGAAGGAGAGCCCGUUCGUCAACUACAUCAGCGCUAACGUGCGCAGCCGGGCAUCCCAGCACGAGCCGUGUGCCACUUGGGGGGAGUUUGGCGUGUUCCCUGAGUAUGCCAAGAAGAACUGAUCUCGCCACUUGCGUAUUGCGGAAUUUUUUUUUCCACAUUGUUCGUUACGAGACAUCACAAACCGUAGGUAUCUGGGCUCUUCACUGGCAUUGUAAAUAAUGUUGGUGGACCAAGUCGGCGAAGGAGAGUGGGGAACAAACAUAAUAAUCUGAAUGCAAACCAGUUCCUGUGAGUUAAGGUAAAUGUAAUGUAAUGAUUUCUUGUGACCAACUCUUUAGGCCACGAGGUAAGUGCCCGGGCAGCUUGUUAUGCUGUCUGUAGGAGAUGCUAUUACUGUGAUGGCAAUGUAGGGUACUGCUGGAUGCAUAAAAUUAGUGCCCAUCGUUAGAUAGUGCACAUCAGUCAGCACAAGCGUAUUACGAAAAAGCCUACAGCACGUCUCAGGUGCUGCAGGGAUGCCGCAUGGGAAACUGUCAGCCCCAGGCUGCCUGCACUUGCAUGGGUGUGCAGCCGUGGCCUCUUGGUUGUGUUUGUCUCUACUGCGGGAUAGGGGUUGAGGGCUCUAAACCUGCUGCUGCCGAUCGCCCACCAGUUAAAAGGCUCAGGCGUCCCCCGGCCGUGCACACGGCUUCUUCAGGGGUGCACUGCCUGAGCAAUUGAGCCUGCAUCAUGCAAACUUCCGUUAAAGCUCCGUGGGCACAAACAACUCUGAAAAAGUAGGUCUGGGCGCCACUCCCAUUGUGGCAGUUUCUCAUGGCGUUCCUACAGCACAUGAGAGGGGAAGACUUCUCGCCUCAUUUCAAAGUGCAGUGGUCCCGCAAUGGCCAAGGACCUGACCAGUAUUGGGUUUGUACCUGUUUUACUGGCAGGUUUCUGGUGGAAGCUCUAGUCUACCUACCAUAAGACGAAAAAGGAAUCUGAGCUUAGAGGUAACCUGCAAGCAACACGGGGUUGGCGGGGACCCCGAAUGGGCAUAAUGCUACUGUAAGGCAUGUGCGCAUUUAAGUGGUGAGCACACAUGGGACGAACACACAGCGAACGCACAUGGGACGAGCAGACGGAGAACCACCCUUGCGGGACAGGGUGCAUUUUGAAAUGAGGCGUGGCACGACUCCCAUCUGGCGUCAAUGACCCUGUGCGAACAGAGCACGGCAAUGGGGGUAAGCCUGUACCCUUCUUAAAUAGGUCCUGAACCACCCUUUGGUAUCAUGAAAAACAGUCCGCGCGAGCAUGCACUCAAGCCCUGUUGUGCACAAAGAAAACGCUGCGCUCACGCACUACAGUUGCAUGUAGCUGCGGUCUGCUAUGUAGCGUGGAUACCGUCGCUGCCAUGGGGUGCAGCAACAAGUUUGCUGACUGGGCGCAAUGCGGUUCGCCGAGGACAACCGCGUUUGCUGCCUCGUAGGCACCAAAAUCUGAAGUAUUGGCUUCUACGUGAACUUCAAAAGUCAAAUUUGGAACUUCAAAUGCAUUUCUCAACUUCAGUAAAGAGUGGUUCAGAGCCCUUUAAAGUAAGCUGCUGGGUGUCGGUGGUGGGUUUUCAACCAGUCGCCUCCCGCAGCUGUAGCCUCGCCUGCGCAUUAUCAGCAAUACUAAGUUGUGAGGUCUGUACAUGAUCAUUCUACGUUGCUCCUUCCGAGUUUUCUAUUUUUUUUUUCUUGGUGCAAUGUGAGUACUCAGUCUUGACUCGUGAGCUAAGUACUAAAACUAGUACUAAGUACUAAAAACUAAGUACUGUGCAUUUACUCAUUUGUGUAUCGUUCUGUUAGUGAAUGUCUUUUAUUUCGACUGAGGACUGCAAGCAUUGCCGAUGUGUUGCAAGCAUCCAGCAGCAUUGCACCGGAAGGACGUCUGGAAAGUGUAAGUCAUAGAUGCCGUGCGUCUGUGAGCGCAAGAGCACGGCAUCGCAAGCCAGCCACACUGCCAAAGGUUCGCGCAUAGAAGCAAAUCGCCACUGUGCAUGUCGUUUGAUCCUUCAUACUUGUAGCCACACGUUUUGUGCAGUUUGUAUUUUUUUUUCUGUCUGUCUGUUUAGUACGUCACCACUACUUCGUUUUGCAUGUGCCAACUUGCCACACAAGCAGGGUGGCAAGGUUUUUAAACGGAUCUCGCAAGUUGUCACCGUAUGGUGGACAAGUCGUGCAGCUGUAGCAAGCACUCGCCACUGCUCUCAUUCAUUGCUCAUCAGUAAGAGUAGGACAUGUAUAAAGCUCUCUCUUUUUUUCUCACAUCAACGCUAUCAACGCUUGUCUUGUCUCAUGUUUUGCUCUUCGACCUGUUUUUCCUUAUUUUCUUUUUUUAGUGUGUUAUGUGUGCGUCUGCUCAGAAUCUCAUCUUUUUGUAUAAGCAAAAUAAAGACCAAAAAUAAAGACUUUGUACCACGGAA